AUGAUUGAAUCAAGAUACCAGGUGGAUAUUCCGUAUAUGGAUAUGACAUCUUUCGUAUUCAGCACAGGAACGCCUUCGUCCCACGAAUCACCCCAGUAUUUCGAUGCCGAUGUUCCUUCGAAGUGCUUUACUAUGGCACAGGCCAAGGUCUGGGUCAAGCAAUUUGCAAAAGGUCUUCAAGAUAUUGGGCUUGAUCCAAACGGCAAAGUUCUACUAUUCUCAGAAAAUCGCUUCGUAUUAGAGCUGCACUAUCAAAUUAAAGAUUCCGAAGCAAAUAUUUUGUUAGUAGGUCAAAAGCAAGUCUCCGUCGCUUUAGAAGCCGCAAGACAGGCCGGUAUCGACCACAAAAAUGUGUAUCUGUUCUGUGACCCCAAGGAAGAGGUACCAGCGGAAAUAUCAUCGCGGAUUGCACCUUGGACAAGUAUCUGGAGACCGUCUGAAGAGGUUCAAUCGUGGUCCUGGAACGAAAUAGAUACUCGUGAAGAUGCCGAAGGAACAACUGCUAUUACAAACUAUUCGAGCGGAAAAACUGGUCUCCCCAAGGCAGUUGAGAUAUCGCACUAUAACAUAGUCGCAAAUUGCACUCAACUUCUCUACAAGCGUCCCAUAGACCCGAACACCCAGAAGAGCAUUGAGCGCAAGAAGAGGCUUGCUAUCUCUGGAGAGAGAUGGCUGGCACCUCUGCCGAUGUAUCAUGCAUAUGGUCAAGCAUAUUAUUGUGUCAACGCAGCUAUCCUUCAAGCCAAGGUCUUCAUCACGAAGUCUUUUUCCGUGCAGAAGUACUUAAUGUACAUGGACAUCUACCGAGUCACUUUCAUGGCGACAGUUCCGGCCAUUAUGGCAACUAUAUCAAAACAACCGAAUCCUUCAAUUCACAAUUUGCGAGCCAUUGAAACGGUCCUUAGUGGAUCAGCACCCUUGAGUCCCGAUCUUGGGUUUGCUCCGGAUGAUGAAGACGAUGGAUCCAUUGGAUGGUUAAAUCCUAAUCGCGCAGCAAGAAUCGAUCGUCAAGACGAUCGAGAUUUUGGUGGCUCUGCACCUCAAGGUGCCACUGUGGGGGAGAUAUGGGUGGCUGGACCGAACAUUAUGAAAGGGUACUACAAGAAGCUGAAGGAGACAGGGGAAGCCAUUGUCGUCGUUGGCUGCGAACGGGUGACAUUGGAUAUAUCGACUAUCGGGGAUGCAUAUACAUCGUGGAUCGAUUGA